AUGACCCGCCAGUUGUUCACAUUACAAUUUGACACCUCCAACGUCCUACAUGCAUACAUGUACCACCAAAAAGUGCCUGCUAAGCCCAACGGUGAACAUGCCGGUGCCCCCGUUGCUACCCCACAGCCCCAGAACGGCCACAAGCACCUGACGUUGGAGGACCGCCGUGGAAUAUAUGAAAUGCCCCUAAGCGCGUCCGUGGGUGAUAUGCUCCCUCGUGGAGUGAUAACCAAGGCAGCACAACAGUUUCGAUGCCACGUACGGAUGAUCUCUCGCCUCUGGCAACGUGUACGAUUCUCGCUUCGCGGCGGUGGCCACACCGCCGAUGUCAAGCGAAGGUACUAUGUAUAUGAUGACGAGGAAGUGGUGGCAAGAUCGGUGAAGUCAAAGAAUUUAAUCACGAAGGUGAUGCUUUUGGCUGCUGUCGCCCGCCCCCGCUACGACCAUCAUGCCAAGAAGAUUUUGGACGGCAAAGUUGGCGUGUGGCCGUUAGUCCAAGUGUCUCCAUCCACACGAUCAAGUAAGAACCGACCCAGAAGGACGAUGAUCACCGUUCCUCACAUCGUGAAUUUCGAAGUGUACUUCGACUCGGUGGUCAACAAGGUCUGUGAUUGGUCCGCCUUGGAAACACCGAAACGUUCAAACUUUGAAAUGCCUGCCCCGCUGCUUCCCCAGCGAGUCCAAAGGCGGUACAACCUCGACAUGGGCAUCAAGCUACUCAUGGCCUAUGGGAAUACAAAUCUCUCGGAUAAGGCUAUUUCUGCACUAGAAGGUAUUCCAUGCACAACUUGGCAGACAUGGCUGAGUAAGAAGGACGCAUACCUCACCACUGAACGCAACAAACGGUGCUUGACACUUGGUUGUCAAGGGAGACCUGUCGCCAUGCAAUUCGCCAACGACUUGUUGGCCUUCAUGGAGGCCGUUCAAGCCGACAGCCACCUCUUGACCACUGCUCAUAUGGUCGCAUGGAUCAAGACCCAUCACCAAUCGUGGGUCGAGACGUACCUCCAACGGAAAGCCGCUAGUGGAACCGGGUACGAUGGAUUGUUGGGUCUGUGCCAACGUUUUGCCCACCGCCGUAGCUUUGGGCAGCGUGUACCUUGUUAUUCCAAGCUGAAACGAGCUGAGUUAGAAAAGCAGAAGGAUGCGUUUGCGGCGACCUUCUGGGAGAAGCACGGUGAGAAGCCCCUAUGA